UCCCCAGCAGAGAGGAAGAGGCAAAGCGAGAGGAUUUACUCAGCCCAAAAUCUGUCAGCGUGAGAUAAGUGUUCUUGUUUUACCUUAGUGGAGAUAAGGCUUUUUUUCUAUUGAGGUCUAUAAGAGUUUCGAAUACCGUAAGGCUUCAUUGAUCGAAUAGAAGUUUCGCAAUGUUUAGUCUGUUAAAAUGUACUGAUAUAAUUGGAUGCACGUGGAAUUCCGACAACUUUGAGAAAAACGACUUGGUUUUGCCUGUUGUUCACACGCGUAUCUGCCCUCUCAUCGGCUAGAAUUGUCCCAGCUGUUCGCGCCUGCCUUUGAUCACUGAGCACAUUUCCAUUGUUAGAGCGGUCACUCAGCUAUCUUGUCAAUAUAUUACAUUAUCUUCGUUACCAGUCGAACCAGCGGUUAGUAACGGGCUCACUCAGUGUUGGAAAUGCAGCCGCCACUCCCACCAGAUGAAGUCAGGGAGCUGGUGUGUUCCUGUCUUCACAGGGACCCAGUAGCUGCUGACCUGAGAUGCAGCCUGUUUGUUGCUGCUGCUCAGAGCUACAAGAGGGACUCACUGCUCAGACCCUACCCCCCCAGAUACAUCAGAGACACUGACACCAAGGAGUUUGAUGAGCUGCUGUCAGAUGUGAGCAGUUUGCCUGGUGUGAGGGAGCUGGUGAGAUUGAGACCUGGCAAAGCUGACCAUCAUCUGGCCCUCACACACUGGGUUCUCUUCUCCAAGAGCUUCGCUGUGAAGACACUACAGAAAGAUGAGUAUGUCAAGCUCUGUAACCUGACAGAGGCUGAGGGGAUCUCUACGCCGGUCCCGGACUUUCUGUUUGAGCUAGAGUACUGCGACCAGAUGAACGUUAAGUUUGAGAAGACGCGGGCGGGACGCGACCUCUUCUAUGCAUUCCACGGCAGCCGACUGGAGAACUUCCAUUCUAUCAUACACAACGGACUACACUGCCACCUCAACAAGACAUCAUUGUUCGGAGAGGGCACCUACCUCACCAGUGACCUCAGCAUGGCGGUCCUCUACAGUCCCCAUGGCAACGGUUGGCGCGACAGCCUCCUGGGACCGUUGCUAAGCUGUGUCGCCAUGUGUGAGGUCAUUGACCACCCAGACGUCAAGUGCCAGGUAAAGAGGAAAGACUCGGAGACCAUUGACCGGCAGCGAUCCAGAGCCAGGAACAGUGAAGGAGGAGAGGUCCCUCAGAAGUACUUUGUGGUCACCAACAAUCAGCUGCUCCGAGUCAAAUACCUGCUAGUGUACUCUCAGAGAAGACACCUGUCCAGACAUUCCCAGGGCAGGUCGUGGCUGGUCAGACAUCACUUUGCCAUUAUGAUGAGUCUCUACCUACUGCUUCUCAUCUUCAUCGGUACCUUCAACUCCACCACAUUCCUCUCCUUCUGGAACCGGCUCUUCCGGUGACGUCAUGGUGCUUUUCCACUUCAGCCCAAGAUGGUCCAGCCUGAGGCUUCCUAUGGGCUUAAACCCUGGUGUUUUACUAGGGAAAUAGUUUCCUUUCCAACGCUUGGGCUUGACCCUAAGGCACGAGCGUGAAACUCAUUCCACGGAGUGCCGAGUGUCUGCAGGUUUUCGCGCCUCCCUUGUACUUGAUUGAUGAAUUAAGGUCACUGAUUAGUAAAUAACUCCCCUCAACUGGUUGUCUAGGACUUAAUUGAAAAGAAAAACCAGCAGACACUAGAGCCUCCAUGGAAUGAGUUUGACACCACUGCACUUCAAACUUGGGAAGAGCAGUGUGUCAAGUUCAACAACGUGUGAAAUUUCAACAGUUUCUUAUGAGAAGGAAUAGUUCAUCUAGACAUGGACCAUUCUUCUCAUUCAUAGUGCCUUCCCUAACACAGAGACAGACCGGACGGACAGACAGCACAGGGGACAGACUGGACGGACCGCACAGGAGACAAACCGGACGGACCGCACAGGAGACAAACCGGACGGACAGCACAGGAGACAAACCGGACGGACAGCACAGGAGACAGACCGGACGGACAGCACAGGAGACAGACCGGACGGACAGCACAGGAGACAGACCGGACGGACAGCACAGGAGACAGACGGACGGACCGCACAGGAGACAGACCGGAC